UGGCCACAGUUGCAACUUUUUUCGAAAGCUAGGUUUCCCGGGAGAUCCCCGGAGGUGACAGAACCCAGCCAUGGCUAGAGGCAGGAAGAUGUCCAAGCCCCGCGCGGUGGAGGCGGCGGCGGCGGCGGCGGCGGUGGCAGCGACGGCCCCGGGCCCGGAGAUGGUGGAGCGGAGGGGCCCGGGGAGGCCCCGCACCGACGGGGAGAACGUGUUUGCCGGGCAGUCAAAGAUCUAUACCUACAUGAGCCCGAACAAAUGCUCUGGAAUGCGUUCCCCCCUUCAGGAAGAGAACUCAGUUGCCCAUCAUGAAGUCAAAUGCCAGGGGAAGCCAUUAGCUGGAAUCUACAGGAAGCGAGAAGAGAAAAGAAAUGCUGGGAAUGUGAUCCGAAGCACCAUGAAAUCUGAGGAACAGAAGAUCAAAGAUACCAGAAGAGGUCCCCUGGCACCUUUUCCAAACCAAAAAUCCGAAGCAGCAGAACUUCUAAAAACUCCACCCCCGUCCUGUGAUUCUACCAAUACAGUGGUCGCCAAGCAAGCCCUGAAAAAGCCCCUUAAGGGCAAGCAGGCUCCUCGGAAAAAAGCUCAAGGAAAAACGCAACAGAAUCGCAAACUUACAGAUUUCUACCCGGUCCGAAGGAGCUCCAGGAAGAGCAAAGCUGAGCUUCAGUCUGAAGAAAGGAAAAAAAUAGACGAAUUGAUUGAGAGCGGAAAGGAAGAAGGCAUGAAGAUUGACCUCAUUGAUGGCAAAGGCAGGGGUGUGAUCGCCACCAAGCAGUUUUUCCGGGGAGACUUUGUGGUAGAAUACCACGGGGACCUCAUCGAGAUCACCGAUGCCAAGAAGCGGGAGGCUCUGUACGCACAGGACCCCUCCACGGGCUGCUACAUGUACUAUUUUCAGUAUCUGAGCAAAACCUAUUGCGUGGAUGCCACUCGAGAGACAAAUCGCCUGGGGAGACUGAUCAAUCACAGCAAGUGUGGGAACUGCCAGACCAAACUGCACGACAUCGAUGGUGUGCCUCACCUCAUCCUCAUCGCAUCCCGAGACAUUGCAGCAGGCGAGGAGCUCCUGUAUGACUAUGGGGACCGCAGCAAGGCCUCCAUUGAGGCCUACCCCUGGCUGAAGCAUUGACCACCGCGUUGCCCUCCCCGUUACCUCCCCUCCUUCAAAGGACAAAGUGCCCUCAAAGGGAAAUGAUUUUUUUUUUUUACACUUAAUCUUAGCAAAUUACUUAAAAUGUUUUUAAAAAGUAUAUUAAAGAUGCCUUUUCACUGUAGUAUUUAAAUAUCUGUUACAGGUUUCCAAGGUGGACUUGAACAGAUGGCCUUAUAUUACCAAAACUUUUAUAUUCAAGUUGUUUUUGUACCUUUUUGCAUACAAGCUGAACGUUUGUGCUUCCUGUGCAGUCAGAGACUGCACAGGUUUUAGAGGAAGGAGUCAAGCAUGAACUAGGAAGCCGGGCGAGGCUCUGCCCCAAAUUGAAAGCCAGGACUUCCCUGCACCCUAUGUCCAAGGACAGGCAGGUGUGAGGGCUCUGCUGCCCCCCAUGCACAGCCUGGACGGGACGUCUUCAAGCUCUUGUUGUCCCCAACGUCUCGACAGGCACACACAUUGAAGUGUAUGAAUAUUUUUUAAAAAAGGUUUCGCAGUAAGCUAGUCUUCCCCUCUGCUUUCUCCAAAGCUUACUGAGCCCAGAGGUCCAGGCUGGGAGCAGACCUCUUCCACAGGCUUACAGCUUUGCCAGGCACCUCGAAGCAUCAGGGUGGGCAAUCAGAUUGAGGCGGGCGGGAAAAGCACUGUUGCCCUGCCCUCUUGGGGCAGGUUUCCUGAAACUGCGUUAAUUCUUUAUAGAAAUGUGAACACUGAAUUUAUUUUAAAAAAAUUAAAAAAAUCAAAAAACAUUUUAAAAAAAAAUCAAAAAAGGAAAAAAAACCACAGAAAACAACUUAUAUGUAUAUAGGUCUUGAAGUGAGUGAAAUGGCUGUGUUUUCUUUUUGAGAUGCUUUUGUUUUUCUUUUUGUUUGGUUGGUUUUUGUAGAAAAGAUUUGAGAUGGUACUCUAUUCUAAUCAAAAGUAAAGUUUUGUAGUGGGACCAGAAAUUACUAAGCCCAAUUACCCCCUACACCCCAAUUCUACUGCGUAGAAAGUUCUGGACCUGUUGUCAAGGCCUUCUGUUUGUUAGAACCCUUGGUGUCCUGGGACGAUGCAGCCUGCCAGCCCAGGAUCUCAGCCACCACUGGCAGCAUCAGGCAUCUGAUGGGUAUGGCACCAGGGGUACCUGUCAGCCAGCAAGGCCAAGUAGCCAAGAAACCAGGGUGAGACUCAAGUUUUUACCUGGAAUGUGAGUAGGAGUUGGUGGCUUCCUCCCUUCCUAGGGAGAGCUGGUCCUCACUGGUCACCGUCAGUUCAGGGGCUGGGGCUCAGGAGCCAGGGAAAUGUGAAUGGUAACCUACCCUUGUCCCCAACACCCCCACCCUGCCCUUUAGCCUCAUGAUGGUGCUACCUAAGAAAGUCUUCCCCUGCACCCCUCACAAGCCUGGUCAGUGGUCUGAGACAUAAAGGAGGAUCCGACAGGAGGGGGAACUAUGAGAUGAAAUGUCCUGGUUGUACCUGUUUGUGGUUUAGCUUUGUAUUUAAAUAGCAAACAAGGAAAUAAACUUGAAAAUUAUUUGUCAUCAUCCUAAACAAAAAUUAAAGUAUUUAUUGCCAGGCAAG